ACCUUAGAGAGGAUAGAUCUGAAGACUCGCGCUUAAUGGCGGCGCAACUAGCCUCCAUCUUGGGAGUGGCGGCUUCAGCAGCCGGAAAAGAAUGUUCUUGAAAAAUGCCCGCGAACCUCACCCCCGGGAGGUGGGGCGAGAAAAGAAAAAGGACGAGCACGUGACCCCGAAGCAUGCUCCUCACCAUCUGCUGCAAGGCUCUGCCCCACCACCUGCUGGGACCGCCCCUUUGCAUUGCUCUAGCCAAUGAGAGUGGCACGCGGGCGGUCUCCAUGGGAACACUGGAGGGAGGGGGAAGCGGUUACUUAGCAACCGGGAGAUGCUAAGCGGCCCCGCCAAGCGGUCGGAAAGUGCAUUCCCAGAGACUGAGGAACCCGAACUGUCGGGUCUCAGAAGAGGGGCGGCCAAUUUUUCGCUGCUCCCGUAAACCCUAGGGGCCUUUGGCUCCUAACCGAAUCAUGACGUCUCCCCUGUGCAGGGCGGCCUCUGCCAACGCCGUGCCUUCUCAAGAUCAGGCUUCGACAUCCUCUCCCAAAGCCAAGAGCAGUAGGGCUCAGGCCAAGCAGAGCCACCUCCUAGGCAAGGGCUGGGCGCGGGCACAGGCCUGGCCCCCACUCCAUUCCAAGAUGGGACUGCGAGGCCACAGUCUGGUGAAGACUUCUGUGCACACACAGGUGGUCGAGUUACAAAGGAAGAUCCAACUGUUGGAGGGUGACCGGAAGACCUUCUACGAGAGCUCCCAGUGGAACAUUAAGAAGAACCAGGAAGCCAUCAGCCAGCUCCGCGAGGAGAUCAAGGCCCUGCAGGGGCAGCUGACGGACCUGCUGCAGGGAGACGAGAAAGUGGUGCAGGCUGUGAUUCAGGAGUGGAAGGAAGAGAAGCCGUACCUGAAGAACAGGAUGGCCCAGCAAGCCCUGGAGCACCUGGACCACCAGCUGAGCGGGAAGGUGAAGCAGCUGAACGCCCUGCGACACCAGGUGGUGCUGCGACAGAGGCGGCUGGACCAGCUGCAGCUGCAGGACAGCCUGCGCCAGCUGGAGGUGGCGGAGGCACAGGACAGCCAGACCGAGAUGGCCAAGACCAUGCGGAACCUGGAGAACCGGCUGGAGAAGGCCCGCAUGAAGGUGGAAGAGGCCGAGUACAUCACUGGCGUGUACCUGCAGCUCAAGGCCUACCUGCAGGAGGAGGCGCUCACCCUGGGGAACCAGCUGGAUGCCAUGGAGGCUGAGGUGUUGAAAGCCAAGCAGGAAGUGCAGGAACUGCACGUGGUGAACCAAGAGGCCCUCAACGCCCGGGACAUUGCCAAGAACCAGCUGCAGUAUCUGGAGGAGAAGGUGAUCCGGGAGCGCAAGAAGCGGGAGCUUUAUAUUUCUGACUGCAAGAAGCGCGCAGAGGAGAAAAAACUCCAGAAUGAGCGCAUGGAGCGAAAGACGCAACGCGAUCACCUCCUGCUGCAGUCCGACGACACGAUCCAAGACCACCAGCACGCCAAGGAGGAGGAGCUGCGGCGGCGCUGGAGCAUGUAUCAGAUGGAGGUGACCUUCAGCAAGGUCAAGGAUGCCACCGGCGCGGCUGAAACACACUCGGUGGUGCGGCGGUUCCUGGCCCAGGGCUACACCUUCACGCAGCUGGAGACCCUGAAGAAGGAGAACGAGCAGACGCUGCUGAAGCUCAAAGAAGAGAAGCAGCGGCUGCAGCGGGAGCUCGAGGACCUCAAAUACUCCGGGGAGGCAGAGCGAGUGAGCCAGCAGAAGCUUCAAGAAGAAUUGCAGAGGAGCCUCAAGGCGGAAGAGCAGCGACGCACGGAGGCCCAGGAGCACCUGGAGCGCGCCACUCGAACGGCGCAGGUGGUUAGGGAGAGCUUGGAGCACCUGGCCAGCAAGCUGAAAGUCAUCACCGUGGAGGACAGCCGCUUCUCGCAAAAGGUGCUAGACCCCACCGCAGCUGACUAUUUGCCGAACCUGCUGGGCUUGGUGGAGGAGAAGCUGCUCAAACUGCAGACUCAGCUACUGAGCCACGACGUGCCGGAGAUGCUGCGCCACAUGGCCAGCCGCGAGUUCCUGGUCACCUUGGAAGGAAAGCUGCCCCGGUAUAACACCCGCAUCCCCCUCCCCCUGGCCAGCUCCAAGGACAAGUUCUUCGACGAAGAGGAGAGCGGGGAGGACGACGACGUGGUGAGCCGCGCCUCGUUCAAGAUCCGCUCCCAGAAGCUCAUUGAAACCCGCAGCAAGAAGCGAGGUCGCUCGCGGAGGUCCUAGGCCGGUGGUGCCCACUCCGCCCGAGCCCCCUGGCCUCCUGGGCCCAGCCAGGGCUCCUCGGGGGCCCCUCGAAGGGCUGGACGAGGCCCGGGCCGGGAGCAGAGCCGGGCAGCCGGCCCGAGGAGAGAAGGGGCCGGGUCAGAUGUUCCCUCAGUAAAUCUCCCAAGUUGGGUCGGCGCCGGUCUCAGAAUCGCGCAAUAAAGGUCACCCCCCGGC